AUGCCUUUUGUCGUGCUCUGGGUUUACUGGAUGCUUGAAUGGACACUGAAGUCAAAACACAGAAUCCCUUUGACCUUGCUGAUCCCUAACGAGUGUGUCGUCGCCUUUCUCAUUCUUGUAAAUGGCACUUGCUGCCUUUAUUUUCCUUCUGCCAAAGGAUCUCAUUACAAGCGCUCUCUGCGUCUGGAGCUUUUUACAAACCACUACACCACACCUGGCAUGGCGCGUAAGCAGCGCCUGUACUCGGAACUAGGACUCAGCUCAGAAGCGUCGUAUACGAUAUUGAACUCGCCACAAGCCCAACGUCGACACGUCGCUUACGGUCCUGUCCAAAAAGUCUACAUCCAAUGGGCACAAGAACGGGAUGAGGACCCGAUUCACCCAGAUCCAGUCCUCCUUAUCAACUAUCUCGCCCAUCAACGCCACACAAGAGAUUGGAAGCUGGCCACCGUCCUCGCCAAGCGCUCAGCCAUUUUAGAUCUGUUCAACGAUCGACCAUCAAUCACGGAGAGCAUGGUCUACAAAGAUUACAUCGCCGCGCUAAAGGCCACGGAUAUAAUGCCCACUGAAAUCGGUUGCUUCGACAUCUCACCUGCACUUACCUACCUACAAUUACUGCCUGACAAUGACGAUAUGUCACUACCCGUGGUGUCAAGCCCCGAGCCAUUGGAUCUACCAUCGCCGCCGAGUCGGAACGGACAUACAGAGCAGCAGCUAAAUGUCAUUGCCAUAUUCUUGUUUAUUGCGGCUGUUAUUGCUAUUCGUUUCGAUAAGACAUCCUAUGAUUGUCCCGACAAUAAUGGCUCAAUGGACAUGUAUGUAGCUUAG